AUGAGCGGCUCUAUCCCAGAGAUUGUCCUUUUCACCUACCCAGGAUCUCCCUGGGGCAACAAGGUGGUUUCUUACCUUAACGUUCGAGGCAUUAAGUAUACAGAAUGCCGGCAGCCACCAGUGAUGCCGCGCCCUGAUUUGCAGGCUCUGGGCAUCAACUAUCGGCGCAUCCCCGUCCUGGCUAUAGGAAGGGAUAUCUACUUCGACACGCGCUUGAUCCUGGAGAAGCUGGAGCAGAUGAUUCCGGGAGAGACGCUGGGCGCAACCGACGCUCAGGGUCGCGCUUUCGAGAAGCUGUUUCGCGAUUGGGCCGAGCUUUCGCUCUUCUCCUCGGCUGUCUUGACCAUGCCGCCCGAACUGCCAGUCUUCCAAAAUGAGACAUUUAUGAAGGACCGCUCGGGACUCACAGGUCGAAGCUUUACUGCCAAGGAUCAGGCAAAGCGCCGUCCUGCAGCUUUGGUCGAGAUGAGGACCCAUUUCGAGCUGCUUGAGGAUCUGCUAAGCGACGGGCGCAAGUGGCUGUCCGGGUCUGAAAACAUUCGUUUGGUAGAUAUCCACGCUGCCUUUCCCAUCGACUGGCUGCUGGGCAUGCCAAAUGCCUUGCCCGCUGAAUUCUUCGGACCAGACCUUUACCCACGCACUGUAGAAUUCAUGAAGAGGUAUCAGGAGACAGACAAAGCAGCAGCCCGUGCCAAUUCCGUUAAGAAAUCUCGUGGCCAAGAGGCUGUCGCAGCAAUCCUCAGCUCGGGCUUUGCAGAUGACGCCAAGGGUGUUAACAAAGACCCCCUCGAACUCGUCGAGGGUCAGACCGUGAGAGUCUUCAGAACCGACGAUGCCAGCUCAGCAAGACACCAUUUUGAUACAGGAAAGCUAUUGACACUUAACUUGCAAGAGGUAGUCCUAAGCCGACCAGCUGGUCCAAGCAACACCGAAAUUCGCCUUCAUCAUCCUCGAUGGAAAUCCGGCGUGGCUGCGUUUAGGGAGGCUCAGUUAUCUUAA